AUGCAAGCAUAUUUCAUAUCUCUUGAAUGUUUAUGGAAGGGUGGUGAAAAGAAGGUGAUCAUUUCUAUUCCCAAUAAAGAUGCCUUUGUGUUUGUUGUAGUUGUCAAUGAGAAGAAAUACAAGCCUAGCUUUGAUAUUGUCUCCAAUACAAGCUGCAUUACUAACUGCCUUGCUCUAUUAGCUAAGAAAGAGGGCGAUGCAGAUGUCUUUAUGGAAUCAAUCAAGAAACCAGAAGAGAAUAUUGUUAGUGAUACAGCUAAGGGGCAUCUUACAGAGAAACAGGAAAAAACCCGUGAUAGGAUAAUAAAGAGGACUGGAAAGGUGAUGUCAAAUGGAAGAGGAAGAGGACUAAAGGGAAUUUACACCAAGAUAACGAUUGUUGCUGUGGUACUUUUGAUUUGUACACUCUCGCUUUUACUUUCGGCUACAAUUACUGGAAAUCGCAGAUCUCUCCAGCCUUCUGAUGUAGAAAAACUUUGGGAAACUGCCAAGACUGGCGGCUGGAGGCCAUCAUUUGCUCCAACCACAAACGCAGCAACCUUUAUUCCGACUCCCACCGGGCUUGCCAAUGCCACCUUCCAUUUUUUUGAAAACAGUCAGUUGCUGCCACCCUUUGCUCAGAAGGACGUGGAGACUGUUCGUGUGUCACCUCCAGAAUUGAUGUUAGUACCAGACAUCUCUGCAUUUAUUCGAAGAAGGGCAGCUGCCUAUCCUAUGUUUGUGAUGAUAGAGAGGAAUAUAGUUAGCAAAACCAGCUUCAAGACAG